AUGUCGACGUUUUUCCAGGCGCAGCAGCAAGUGGCUGCUCUAGACCCGCGUCUCGGCAAUCUUAUGGCGAGUGCAGGCCUCUACAAUUUGCGUGCACUCAUUAAGGGUGUGCGCGCAUGCAAAACAUUAGCUGAUGAGCGUGCAUUGCUGCAGAAAGAAUCUGCAGCGAUCCGAACAUCAUUUAAAGAUGAUGAUGCCUAUAUGCGGUACAACAACCUCUCUAAGCUUCUGUAUAUUCAUAUGCUUGGAUAUCCCGCGCAUUUUGGCCAGAUGGAAUGUCUCAAACUUGUCGCAUCUCCUCGCUUUACCGAUAAGCGACUGGGUUACCUGGGCAUUAUGGUUCUUUUGGACGAAAACGCACAAGUUCUUAUGCUUGUGACAAACGGUUUAAAAAAUGAUAUGAAUCAUUCCAAUAUGUAUAUCGUGGGUCUGGCACUCUGCACUUUUGCGAAUAUUGCCUCGGAAGAAAUGUCGCGCGAUCUGUGUAAUGAGAUUGAAAAGCUUAUGGGCAGCUCGAACUCUUACAUUCGAAAGAAAGCUGUGCUCUGUGCUAUGCGCAUUAUUCGCAAAGUACCCGACUUGAUCGAUCACUUCCUGGAGCCAACGCUUCAGCUUUUGGGUGACAAGAGUCAUGGCGUUCUGCUCUGUACUUUGAGUCUGGCAAUUCAGAUCUGUGAAAUUGACCCUUCAUCUAUUUCUCUAUUUGGUCGUUCAACCUCUUCGCUUGUGGCCGUGUUGCGAAACCUGCUUUCCACCAGCUUCUCUCCAGAGCAUGACGUGGCAGGCAUCACGGAUCCAUUUUUGCAGGCCAAGAUUUUACGCUUCUUGCGUAUUCUGGGUCGCGAAAGCACCGAAGUGUCUGAUUUGAUCAAUGAUAUCCUUGCCCAAGUCGCCACAAACACUGACGGAAGCAAGAUUGUUGGAAACAGUAUUUUAUACGAAUGUGUGCUGACCAUUUUGGAAACCAAAGCAGACGCUGGUUUGCGCGUGAUGGCCAUUAAUAUUCUUGGCAAGUUUCUCGGUAAUAGCGAUAACAAUAUUCGUUAUGUCGCUCUCAACACACUAAACAAAGUUGUGGGUAUCGAUACCAAUGCUGUCCAAAGGCACCGAACGACGAUUCUUGAGUGUCUACAUGACCCUGAUAUCUCCAUUCGGCGCCGUGCAUUGGAGCUCACUUACAAACUCAUAAAUGAAAACACCGUAUCAUCGGUAAUGAGCGAAUUGUUGCAAUUCCUUGAAGUUGCUGACAAUGAAUUUAAACUUGGUCUGACGACACGCAUCUGCAUGGCAGCGGAUCGAUUCGCUCCAAAUGCACGUUGGCAUUUGGAUACCAUGCUACAUGUCUUGCGUGUAUCUGGCCAUUAUGUGCGUGAAGAUGUAUUGGCUUCAUUCUUGCGACUCGUUUGUCAUACACCCGAGCUGCACGCCUACGCUGUCGAAAAUUUGUACCUCUCUCUUCAUGCAGACAUGUCACAAUUGUAUCAAACACUGGCGGCUGUGUGGGUCAUUGGCGAAUACGGCGAUUUGCUCUUUGAACGUGGGCGCAUUGAGCAGAAUGGCACUGCGCAACCUGUCCAUCCCAAAUCUGUGGUUGAUAUGCUGGCCAUGCUACUCGACUCGGUGUAUGCAACAGAGCCUGUGCGUGAGUAUGUUCUCACGGCCUUGACGAAACUCCAUACCCGAAUGCAAGACACAGAACAGCAAGAACGAAUCCGAUCGAUUCUUGCUCAAUAUGUGGAAAGCAUUGACCUCGAGACGCAAAAGCGCGCGCUGGAAUACUCCGUGCUCUUGAAACGUGAUUCUGUUCGUGACGCAGUGCUAGAGGUCAUGCCACUACCCGAAAAACGCUCUAUUGUUCUUGAAACGGUAGGCGGUGAUACGAAAGAUCUUCGCUCGACUGUUUCAUCGGGACAAAAUGAUUUGCUUUUGGAUGCAGAGAACACACCAGCGGGAAACACCGCUCAUUCUCAACAAAAUGCACAGGACUUGCUCCUCGAUAUUUUUGGUGGCAGUAACGAGCCGGCACCCCGAGCUGUCUCUGCGACAGCAUCUCGUCAAGACAUUCUCGGCCUGUUUGAUACUCCUCCCCAGCCGCCCGUGGCACAGACAACAUCGGCUUUGAGCUCGAUGAAUUUGCUCGACGAGCCGGAAUCCGAAAAGCCACAGGCCUUGCCCGUGUACAACAAGAAUGGUUUCAGUAUGGCUCUCACUAUACUCUCACAUGGUACGGACGUCACGGUACAGGCCUGCUUUACUUGCACGACAGAUGUGCAACAUAUCAUGCUUCAGGCUGCUGUGCCCAAGACACAGCAACUGCAGAUGUUGCCUCUGAGCAAGUCGUCUAUCGCGCCGGGUGAGCAGGCGACACAGAAUAUGCGUAUCUCGGGUGUAAGUAACAACGGCAAAGUGCGAUUGCGUAUUCGAUUGAGCUAUCAUGUACAUGGUGAAGAAGUUCGGGACCAGUUGGACUGGAUGCAGCCAUAA